GGAGCAGCAUGUACGCCAAAGGGGGCAAGGGCUCGGCCGUGCCCUCCGACGGCCAGGCGCGCGAGAAGCUGGCGCUGUACGUGUACGAGUACCUGCUGCACGUGGGCGCCCAGAAGUCCGCCCAGACCUUCCUGUCCGAGAUCCGGUGGGAGAAGAACAUCACGCUCGGGGAGCCCCCGGGCUUCCUGCACUCCUGGUGGUGUGUGUUCUGGGACCUGUACUGCGCAGCGCCGGACCGCAGGGAGGCCUGCGAGCAUGCGGUCGAGGCCAAGGCCUUCCAGGACCACAGUGCUGCUGCUACCCCUAGCCCGGUGAUGGGGGCCAUGACCCCGAGUGACGCGAUGGCCGCAGGCCCCAUGGCGCCGGGCUUUUUCCAGCCUUUCAUGUCCCCGCGGUUCCCAGGGGGUCCCCGGCCCACCCUGAGGAUGCCGGGUCAGCCUCCUGUGGGCCUCCCUGGCUCCCAGCCCCUGCUCCCCGGCGCCGUGGACCCCUCCGCUCGCAUGCAGGGGCACUCGAGCAUGGGUGGCCCGAUGCAGAGGGUGACGCCGCCCCGGGGCAUGGCUGGUGUCGGGCCCCAGGGCUACGGAGGUGGCAUGCGGCCCCCGCCCAACGCCCUCGCUGGCCCGGGACUGCCCACCAUGAACAUGGCUCCGGGAGUUCGGGGCCCUUGGGCCAGCCCCAGUGGCAACUCGAUCCCCUACUCCUCCUCGUCCCCGGUCAGCUACACGGGACCUCCAGGAGGUGGUGGGCCCCCCGGCACGCCCAUCAUGCCCAGCCCUGGAGACUCCACCACGUCCAGCGAGAGCAUGUUCACGCUCAUGAACCCCCUCGGGCCGGGCGCCGGCAGGGCUAACUUUCCGCUCGGGCCCGGCGCCGAGGGCCCCAUGGCCGCGGUGAGCGCGAUGGAGCCGCACCCCGUGAACGGAUCCCUGGGCUCGGGCGACAUGGACGGGCUGCCGAAG